AUGCCGUCAAACAAUCUCCAAGAGAGUACUGUCAACAAGCAAAGAGUGACCACAAUUGUCCUGCUAGUACUGGCGCUAUGCUUUCUCAUUCUCCGCCUCGUUACAAGAAAGGUGAAGCGGGUGCCUCUAGGGUUAGAUGACUGGACCUUAAAUCUGGGCAUGGCUUUUGUUAUAGCAACAGGGGGUCUCAACUAUGCAGGCACAUACCAUGGAAUGGGACGCCAUAUGACAGCCGUCCUGGAAGAGGAGAUGAACAUAACCUUGCUCUUCAAAAUUCUCUAUGCCUUUGAACCAGUCUACAUCACGGCCGUCGCAGUCAUUAAAUUCUCGGUCCUCCUCAUGUACAACCGUAUCUUUCCUGUCCGCUACAUCCGCAUCGGAAGCUAUAUCCUCGGAGGCAUUACCCUCUCCUGGCUAAUCUCGGUUGAUCUCGUCGCAAUCUUCCAGUGCACACCCAUUGGGAAGGCUUGGAAUAAGCUGCUCCCGGGUCACUGUAUUGACCUUAAAGCUGCGCUCAUUGGGAAUGGCGUCCCUAAUUUCGUUACGGAUAUCUGUAUUCUCGCCCUUCCAGUCCGGUGUAUCUGGAACCUGCAGGCAGGGAUGUGGCAGCGCAUAUCGAUUAUUGCGGUUUUUCUGAGUGGAAGUUUUGUUGUCUUCGCAAGCAUCUACCGCUUCAGUCUAAUUUUCAUACUUGAUAUAGACGACAUUCCAUGGACCCUCGCAGAUGCCCAAACCUGGUGCGUCGUCGAAACCUGCGCGGGGAUAAUCUCGGCGUGCCUCCCCACCGUCAUUCCAACCCUCAAGCCGCUCCUAGGCCACGUGCUCGGAGUCUCCUUCUCCACAAACGACAUGUCCCGCUCGAAAAAGUCCAACACCACAAACACGAAUAACGGCCAGUCGCAUGUCCUCGAGGCGGGGAGUCGAGUACAGCGGAGUGAGAAUCGGGAUAGAGAUAGAGAUAGAGAUGAGGACAUGUAUCCGCUCAAGGAUAUUUCCGGGACGGGGACAGGGACAAGGGGUAGUCGGGGCAGUUUAAGCAGUAUGAGCGGGAUGGGGGCGGGCAUGGGGAUGAAGGGGAAGGGGCAGGGGUGGACGGUUAUUGAGGCGAGUGGAGAUAGUGACUAA